AUGCCGGGAUACACGACUCUCUACUCCAGAACCCCUCGCUCUUUCCUUUUCGCCGUGGUGGCCAAUGUCGGUCCCGGCGGCACCAGCCGCUGCCUGGCCGUGGCCUACCGCCAACACCACGACGAAUAUAACUCACAGAUAUCCUGGGAUCGAGUGCAAUGUAUGGUGACCGACACUCUUGCGCUGACCGAAGUCCUCUCGGAUCCCACGAACCGCGCGCCGCUGGAGGCUGAGAGGGCGCUCGCGGAGGACUGGUAUCGUCGGUCUCAGGGCCGGGAGCCUCCGAUUCAUGAGCGGCCCAGCGUACCCGACACCGCGCAACCCCCGUUCGUGCCCUGGUACAAGCGGCGUGAGCCAGGGCAACAACAGCCCCCGCUGCCGUGGCGGGAUGAUGCGCCUAGCAAGUUUCCCUUCACUGCGACGUGUGUUUUGCUGGCGUUGUUGCGCGAUACUCGCGACAACCGCACCCGCCCCAGCGACGUUCAGUUUCAGCCACUAUCGACGCUGUUCCGGGCCGACUGCAUUGAGUAUGGCCUGGUUAUUCUCGACAUCUCUGACCUCGACAGCGGCGUCAAGUACGGCAUCGUUGCGUUCCCCAUGAACUACAUGGCUGAGGUUGAAUACGGCGGCGAGAUGAUCGGCUGGGAUCCCGUCGAAGACCCCCAACCGGAAAAGGAGCCCGAUGUUGUACUCGCAGACCCGCGGCCUCGAGAGCUGUUGUCAAUCUCGCAGUGGGUAUCGAAGCAUUACUACUGGUCGGGCCUGGAGAAGGCGUCUUGCAUCCUCAAACUAGAGGAGAGGCCGCUGGCUGAUGCGGUAGCCUUGGAUUAUAUCUGGCCACCAGAGCUGGAGGAUCCGGCUCGAACAUCUUCAGAAGACUUCAGACAUUCAAAGAUCGCCACCCAAUCCCCGCCUGAUAUGGUAGGCUACACCAUAGUAGACCAACCGCCGCAAAAUGACCCCGUAGGCAUGGUCCGCACCAUUGAUGAUCUGCUUGUUCUCACCCAGGAGCCCGCCUCCGGUCCCCUCGAGAAAGAAGCGCUCGCCAACCUUCAAGUACUUGCCCAGUUCCGCGAGCAGCUGCGGCAGCGGCUCGAAGAGGUGCCAGAGAGGCUCGGCUCCUCCCAGAUCUCCAGUCAUGUGCUGCGCGUGGCAUACGCUGGAUGCCGUCACCUCAACUGGGUGGUGUUUGGAAACCUGCCGCCUCGCGUGAUCGCGGCCGCCAUUGCAUCGGAUGAACUUCAAGGUGCGUCUGCGCUCAGCCUCUGCCUCAAUCCGUUCCAGCUGGUGGGAGAUGAGGAAGAUGGAGAAUCAGACCUUGGUGACCUCGCCGCGGCCCUGGCACAGUCCACGGCCCUUCAACAGCUCUGCUUCUUGCAGCAGCCGGACCGGAACAGCGACGAUGGCUCCGCUCAUCCCUUUUCGGAGCUGUCUUGGCUGUGGUCGAGGGCAUCAAGUGAAGACUCGGAGUCGCUCCGGCUGAGAACCAUCCAUUCGACCUCCGCUUUGUUAAACGGUUUACGCGGCCGCGAAGUUCGAGCAAUAUCCUCGCCGAGGAAUUUGGGUUCUAGCUUCACCUCGGGCGCUCAAGUCUUUCCCAUGAUCCAUCUGUUCACAUUUGUCAGCCCCCAGCGCGAAGAUGUCCGGGACGCAGCUGCAGACCACCACGUCGUCCACCCUGCUCGUCCCGGGUACAGCGGCUACUACUCCAUGGAUAAUACUGGGUUAAACGCCGAGAGCUUCGCUGUCCGAUUCCUGGUAUACCUCCGGUCCUUAGGUCCGGAUUCGGAUCCCGACAAGGCCAUCUUGCGAGUUGCAUCUCAUGGGGCGUUCUCGUCACUUGCUUCCAUCGACGAGGACGACAACAAUAACAACAACGACCCCCGUCGCCGCCCCGGGGGCCACCGCCGCGGCCACCGCCGCUCCAGUCAUGGCCAGAUCAAUUGGGUGUCAGGCCAAUCCCCGCUGGAUUUGUCAACGACGAGCUAG